UGGGUUUAAUACCGCUUUAUAAGGUUACACUGCUUAUCAGGUUACACUGCCUCUGUUGGUUGUAGUAAGUCUGCUCAUGAAGAGCGGAGAUGCGGUUGAAAUAUUGAGUAUAGAAGUUAGAUCUGCAGUCUCUAGCCAGGAAUUGUGUGUGUGUUCAGUGGGGUGGUGGACAUAAAAGGCAUGCUAUUUAUUCUGCAGAAGAGAAAAACUCUCACAUCUGUUGCUGAGCAGUGAGCACAGACAUAACUUUAACGACUUGUGCGACUUCCACUUUUAUUACUAAGAAUAGUAUGCGGUAAGCACUUCACAAGGAGGGGACAUUUUAUGGGAAUGCAUUUAAUGAUCAGAAGUGGAUUACACUGAUGACAGAAAUAGAAGACUUAAUGUUUGACAGAUCUUUUCUCCCUAAUCACACGAUGCAGCCGGCUAACCAGACUUUAACAACUGCUGCUUCAGAAGAAGAAAUUUUGAAUGCAAAAGAAACUAUUGAUGAAUUCCGUAACCAAGUCUACUCCACUGCAUACUCCAUGUUUACUGUUUUUGGCCUAGUAGGGAACUGUUUUGCACUAUUCGUCCUUAUAAAAACCUACAAACAGAGAACAGCUUUUCACAUUUACAUGCUCAACCUUGCCAUCUCUGAUUUGCUAUUCAUCUGCACCCUUCCAUUCCGAGUGGCCUACUAUGUCAGCCGCGGUAACUGGAUUUUCGGGGACUUCUUCUGUCGUGUUAGCUCCUACUCCUUCUACGUCAAUUUGUAUUGCAGUAUCUUCAUCCUGACCGCGAUGAGCGUCACUCGCUUUCUGGCGAUAGUCCACCCUGUGAAAAAUCUUCGAUUUAUCUCAGUAACCAGAGCCAAGUGGGUUUGUCUGGGAAUUUGGGUAUUUGUCUUAUUAGCAACUUCCCCAUUUUUAAUGAGUGGAUCAGAGUUUGACACAAGAACAAACCUAACAAAGUGCUUUGAGCUUUCCCAAAAAAAUACCUCGGUGAAAAAAGUGCUCAUCCUAAACUAUAUCUCACUCACCUUCGGCUUCAUCGCUCCGUUUAUCAUCAUUUUGGUUUGUUAUACUCUGAUCAUUAAGGCCUUGAUGAAAAAUAGCUUGAACAAACAGCAAGCUUCCAGGAAGAAGGCAAUUCGAAUGAUCAUCAUAGUCCUGAUUGUCUUCUUUAUAAGCUUUAUGCCAUAUCACAUCCAGCGGACUCUUCACCUUCACAAUGUUCAAAACAGUUCCGAUAGAAUGAUACUACACCAGAAGAAAGUCAUCAUCUGUUUGGCCCUUGCUGCUUCCAACUGCUGCUUGGAUCCAAUGCUGUAUUUCUUUGCAGGGGAAAACUUUCGUAGAAGACUUUCUACCAUGAGGAAGCACUCUGUUAGCAUUGUGCAGUGAGGAGAGUAAAGGAAAAAGAGAGGCAACAUGGAUGAGAAAUCUGAAGUGGUAAAGUGUUACUAAAGCCACAACAGUAAAAUAUGUCUAUAUAUGCAGCAUAGCAUGCUUGUUAUACUC